CUCGGGGACUCUUAGGUAAGUUAGCUGAUGUUAUUUUCGAGAGGAGAGAGAAUAACCCCACCCACAUUCUCCCUCUCUCCCCCGUGGAUUUGAACCACCCACUUUCCAGUAACCUCUUCCACAGCAGCCACGCUGUGUUUGGGAAAAAAGAGCAGGGAUACCCCAGUGUGCCCCAGAGUAACUUGUAGUCUUAGUUCUCCUUUAAAUCUCCUCCGUGCCUGGGCACUACCUCUGCCACUACCACCAGCAGCAGCAGCAGCAGCAGCGCUGCUUCUUGAUGUUGUGGUCCCUAAUACGCAUGCGCCCGGCAUUGGAAUUACUGCACUGGCGAGAAUAAGUUGGACCUCGUUUCUCUUCACUAAAAGAAGAAAAAAACCUCUAACAGAAGUAUGGCAGUGUUCAGAAUAAGAAGAAUGAGGUGUUUCUGCGUGUGGUUGCUCCCUCUCGUAGUGUCCGUGGUGAGCGCGCAAAGUAGUCCUAGAGCCAACGACCCAAGCAAUAUGUCUGUGGUUAAAGAAACGGUGGAUAGACUGUUGAAAGGUUAUGAUAUACGAUUGAGGCCAGAUUUCGGAGGUCGACCGGUUGGAGUGGGAAUGAAUAUAGACAUAGCCAGCAUAGACAUGGUCUCAGAAGUCAAUAUGGACUACACGUUGACGAUGUACUUCCAGCAGGCCUGGCGAGACAAGCGGCUGUCCUACACCGAGAUCCCGCUCAACCUGACCUUAGAUAACCGGGUGGCGGAUCAGCUCUGGGUCCCGGACACCUACUUCCUCAACGACAAGAAAUCGUUUGUGCAUGGUGUCACCGUGAAGAACAGAAUGAUCCGACUGCACCCGGAUGGUACUGUGCUGUACGGUCUGAGGAUCACUACAACGGCUGCCUGUAUGAUGGACCUGAGGAGGUAUCCGCUGGACGAGCAGAACUGCACACUGGAGAUAGAAAGUUACGGAUACACUACGGACGACAUCGAGUUCUACUGGAGAGGAGGAGACAACGCCGUGACCGGCGUGGACAAGAUCGAGCUGCCCCAGUUCUCCAUCGUGGAUCACAAGCUCAUCUCCAAGAACGUGGUCUUCUCCACAGGUGCUUACCCUCGCCUGUCCCUGAGCUUCAAGCUGAAGAGGAACAUCGGCUACUUCAUCCUGCAGACGUACAUGCCUUCUAUACUCAUCACCAUCCUCUCCUGGGUCUCCUUCUGGAUCAACUAUGAUGCCUCUGCUGCCCGAGUGGCUCUAGGUAUCACAACCGUGCUCACCAUGACCACCAUCAACACCCAUCUGAGGGAAACCCUCCCCAAGAUCCCGUACGUCAAAGCCAUCGACAUGUACCUGAUGGGCUGCUUCGUCUUCGUCUUCAUGGCUCUGCUGGAGUACGCGCUGGUCAACUACAUCUUCUUCGGGCGGGGUCCUCAGCGCCAGAAAAAGGCGGCGGAGAAGUCGGCGAUGGCCAACAAUGAAAAGAUGAGGAUGGAUCCAAACAAGUGGCUGGUGGGUAAUGUAGUCGGCAGAGACGACACUCUGUAUGCAAGAAUGACACAAAGGGAUCUGGACGGCCAUGACUCCAUAUGGGAGCCAAUCUUUGUGGACGAUACACCGCUUGGACUUGGCGAUCAAAAGAACAAGAUGGAGCCGCAUGAAAACAUCCUUCUGGGCACCCUGGACAUCAAGAACGACAUGGGUGUGUCAGAGCUGGCCCUGGGUCUCAACGAUCCCAGGAACACGAUGCUGACGUACGACAGCACUCUGCAGUACCGCAAAGCCGGACUGACCAGACACAACUUUGGCAGGAACACGCUGGAGUGUCACAUGUCUCAGAAGAAGAGCCGGCUAAGGAGGCGCGCCUCGCAGCUAAAGAUCAACAUCCCAGACUUGACUGAUGUGAACGUUAUCGACAGAUGGUCGAGGAUGAUCUUCCCGACCGUCUUUUCCUUCUUCAACAUCGUUUACUGGCUUUACUACAUCAACUAAGAGAGGAGGACGUCAGAGAGAGAGAGAGAGAGAGGGAGAGAGAGAGAGAGAGCAAGAACAAACAGCGAAAUGUUGCUGGUGUCUCGUUUGUGUCUGGUUCGUUUCAUUUUUAUGUGAUCUCGUGAAACUGGACUGGAUUCAGGACUGGAUCCAUCAUAUCUUGGAAUCCCACGUUUGCUGGCUAACACAUAAAAACCUUAUAGAUGAGAGAUUACAAACAUAUAAGGUGCCUCUUCCUGAGUAGUUGUUACAGACUUUAUGUACUUUGUGACUUGUGUUUGUUUUUAAAAUGUUUGUUUGAAUUCUUUAUUAUGUUAAAUGUUCAACAUACUAAUUAUUUUGCCAAAAAACUAUCAGUUAUAUAAGAAUUGACGACCUUUCAGUUACUUUCACUAACACAGAUCAGAAAGUGCUGCAGCAGGUGUCAGGUCACCUUUUCUAGGUCUAAUUCAUGUAUUAUAUAAGGGCCUCUACGUUCACAAUUUAGAACAUCUUGUAUCAGAAAAUAUUGAAUUAGCUUUUUAAGUAUUUCUUUCUUAGACUUCUCUUGCCUCAUGAAGCUUAUUUAUAGGGUGGGCAUCGUUUUAAAUCGACUUAGAUCAUUCCAAAACGGUCAAGUGUUUACUCAGAUCGCAUCUGUAGCGUCGUCUUAAAACCACCGUGUUCCUGAAAGCAUUUAAUAUCUGGAUAAUGAGACCAUCAACAUUCCCUCUCAGCUCUCUGUUUCAACUUAUAACUCUUACAACACUGAUAAAACAAAAACAUUCCCUUAUGCUAAAAGUCACUUUAUGAGCCGUUAUCAUUUAAAGCUCCUGUGAGGAACUCUGCAUUGAUUUUGGCGCCCCCUGUGGACAAAGCGGCAUAUCUCUACUCUCCUUUCUCUCUCUUCUCUUCUCUUCUCUUCUCUUCUCUUCUCUUCUCUUCUCUUCUCUUCUCUUCUCUUGUCAUGUUCAUGUGUGGAUUCUGUUUUCUAGCGUGGUUUGUAACGGCACAAAGAUCAUCAUAAGGAGGAAACUAUGCAACUUCAAAAACAUGUGCAUUAGUCCCAACAGAGGAAACGCACCGCACCUGAGAGAAAGUCAAAACAACCGCGCUAACAGUGAAUGCGCUGAUGAUGUAAUCGAUGAUGUAAUCGAUGAUGUAAUCGAUGAUGUAAAGGGGGAAAACACAAAUCAGAAAACGACUGCAAAAAGGUAAACGCUGCAAAUCCACAUGAUAAAACUGCAGUGUGUUUUUUUCUUAUUUAGAGUGCGUUUCUAUUAUUUUCAGUGCACUUCUUUCAAUUGCAGUGCGCUUCUUUUCUAUACAGUGCGUUUAUCUUAUUUGCAGUGUCUUUAAUUUAUUUAGAGUGUUUUUCUUCCAAGUGCAGUGCAUAUCUCUCAUUUGCAGUGCACUUUUUAAAAAACUUUGCACUGCAUUUCUCCUCUUUGCACUGCCUGUCUCUCCUUUACAGUGCGUUUCCUUCAUUGGCACUGUGCUCUUUUGUUUGCACUACAUUCUUUCAAGUGCAGUGAAUUUCUUUUAUUUGAUGUGCACUUCUUUCAUUUGCAGUGCGCUUCUUUUCUAUACAGUGCGUUUCUUAGAUUUGCAGUGCAUUCUUUCAUUUGAAGUGUGUUUCCUUAAUUUGCAGUUUGCUUCUUUCAUUUGCAGGGCAUUUCUUAAAUUUGCAUUGCAUUCCCUUCAAGUGCAGUGCGAUUCUUUAAACUGCAGUGCAUUUCUUUAAACUGCAGUGCAUUUCUUUUAUUUGCACUGUUUCUCUCAUUUGAUGUGCGAUUCUUUCAUUUUCACUGUGUUCCUUUCAGUUGCACUGCGUUUCUCACAUUUGCAGUGUGUUUAAUUUAUUUAGAGUGUUUUUCUUCCAAUUGCAGUGCAUGUCUCUCAUUUGCAAUUUUUUCUUUUUAAAUUUGCGCUGCAUUUCUCCUAUUUGCACUGCCUGUCUCUCCUUUACAGUGCAUUUCCCUCAUUGGCAUUGUGUUCUUUUAUUGCACUACAUUCUUUCAAGUGCAGUGCAUUUCUUAAAUUUGGAGUGCAUUUCUCUCAUUUGCACUGCAUUCCUUUCAAGAGCAGUGCGUUUCUUUAAACUGCAGUGCAUUUAUCUCAUUUGCAGUGCAUUCUUUCAUUAGAGGUGUGUUUCCUUAAUUUGUAGUUUGCUUCUUUCAUUUGCAGUGCGCUUCUUUUCUAUAUAGUGCGUUUCUUCCAAUUGCAGUGCAGUUCUCACAUUUGCAGUGUGUUUGAUUUAUUUGGAGUGUGUUUCUUCCAAGUGCAGUGCGUAUCUCUCAUUUGCAAUGCACUUUUUUUUUUAAUUUGCACUGCAUUUCUCCUAUUUGCACUGCCUUUUUUUCCUUUACAGUGCGUUUCCCUCAUUGGCACUGUGUUCUUUUGUUCGCACUACAUUCUUUUAAUUGCAGUGCAUUUCUUAAAUUUGGAGUGCAUUUCUCUCAUUUGCACUGCAUUCCUUUCAAGAGCAGUGUGUUUCUUUAAACUGCAGUGCAUUUAUUUAAUUUGCACUGUUUCUCUCAUUUGCAGUGCGUUUCCUUCAUUUUUGGGUGCGUUUAUUUCUUCUGCAGUGCAUAUAUCUCAUUUGCAAUGCACUUUUUUUUUAAUUUGCACUGCAUGUCUGUCAUUGCACUGCAUGUCUGUCAUUGCACUGCAUUUCUUCUAUUUGCACUGCUUGUCUUUCCUUUUACAGUGUGUUUCACUCAUUGGCACUGUGUUCUUUUGUUUGCACUACAUUAUUUUAAUUGCAGUGCAUUUCUUAAAUUUGGAGUGCAUUUCUCUCAUUUGCACUGCAUUCCUUUCAAGAGCAGUGCAUUUCUUUAAACUGCAGUGCAUUUAUUUAAUUUGCACUGUUUCUCUUAUUUGCAGUGCGUUUCCUUCAUUUUUGGGUGCAUUUAUUUCUUCUGCAGUGCAUAUCUCUCAUUUGCAAUGCACUUUUUUUUUUUUUUUUUGCACUGCAUCUCUGUCAUUGCACUGGAUGUCUGUCAUUGCACUGCAUUUCUUCUAUUUGCACUGCUUGUCUUUCCUUUUACAGUGCGUUUCACUCAUUGGCACUGUGUUCUUUUGUUCGCACUACAUUCUUUUAAUUGCAGUGAAUUUCUUAAAUUUGGAGUGCAUUUCUCUCAUUUGCACUGCAUUCCUUUCAAGAGCAGUGCAUUUCUUUAAACUGCAGUGCAUUUAUUUAAUUUGCACUGUUUCUCUCAUUUGCAGUGCGUUUCCUUCAUUUUUGGGUGCGUUUAUUUCUUCUGCAGUGCAUAUCUCUCAUUUGCAAUGCACUUUUUUUAAACAUUUGCACUGCAUGUCUGUCAUUGCACUGCAUGUCUGUCAUUGCACUGCAUUUCUUCUAUUUGCACUGCCUGUCUUUCCUUUUACAGUGCGUUUCACUCAUUGGCACUUUGUUCUUUUAUUUGCACUACAUUCUUUCAAUUGCAGUGCAUUUCUUAAAUUUGCACUGCAUUCCUUUCAAGUGCAGUGCAUUUAUUUAAACUGCUGUGCAUUUAUUUUAUUUGCACUGUUUCUCUCAUUUGAUGUGCGAUUCUUUCAUUUUCACUGUUCCUUUCAGUUGCAGUGCGUUUCUCACAUUUUCAGUGCAUUCUUUUAUCUGUGGUGCGUUUAAUUUGCACUGCAAGUCUUGCAUUUGCAGUGCAUUUCUUUAAUUUGUAGUAUGUUAUUUUCAUUUGUAAUGAGAUUCUACAAAUUGUAGGGCAUUCUUUAAUUUACAGUGCAUUUCCUUUAAUUGCAUUUCUUUCAUUUGCACUGCGCCUCUCUCAUUUGAAGUGCGUUUCUGCUGCUUUGUAUUUUUGAAGUUGGAUUGUUGUUGCGUUUUAGUUUGCUUCUCCUUAUGAAGAUCCUCUGAGCUGUUGCAGAUCGUCCAUCCUUGUCGGCCACAUGAUCCUGCUGUGUUUUAACAGUCAGUCAAAUCUCAUGCAGUUAAUCACGUCAUCUGAUGAACUCUGCAGCAGCACACACGGGCACUAAAAGGAGCCGUCUUACUGCUUCUCAUCUAUUAGCAGCUAAAAACCCCUCACAGGAGCUUUAAUGACUGGAGGAGAACACAGACAGUAAAGCUGUAGAGACUCGUACAGGAGGGGAAGAAUAAAAGCACAAGAACCAGUUUUGAAGACAUUAGUUUUGAUACAGUUUCUAUCAUAUCGCCUGUUUUUGUUCUCUUCUGCCUCUCAAGCUGGAUUAUUCAAACACUCACAGGUUUAUCAGACGUUGUUUUCAGAUGGAGUAACACUUUAAGGAUCAUCAUGGAUGUAUCAGUGAAUUCAAACUCUGACCACAUCAUCACAGACUCUUUCCUAAUAAAGCUGUGCUGAUGACUGUG